CAUCCCCGUGCCCGGUUCGCCUGUCCUCCCCCUCCGCCGCCUCCCCCCCCCCGUCCCGCCGCGGGAGGUCCUUCCGCCUUGGCCAGCGGUGGAGGGGUGCUGAGACUCCCCCCCCCAGCCCGUCCUGUCCCCGCCGCCGCUGCCACCGCGGGAGGGGCCCCCGGCGGGGAAGGUGCCGCGGCCCCGAGGGCAGGCGCAGCAGUGGCAGCAGCGUUAACCCUUCGAGACUGAAAACUGUUGAGAAAACGGCAAAAUGAGUAGUCGUCGAAAACGUGCGCCCCCAUCAAAGAUAGAUGAGGAGAAGAAGAAAAAGCUCUGCUGGAAUAUGCAUGAAGACCGGAGAAAUGAGAUGGUAAUGUUAGAUGAUGAAAUGACUAAUGAGGACCAUGGUCCGGGUCCAAGCACUUCUUCUGCAUCCUUCAUUGUUAUAAAUGAUGAUAGCACUGAUGAAGAUCUCAUUCAAAAAGAAUGCAGUGGCUCAAAAUCCGUUAAGUUUUUGACAGCUAACGAUGAAGACGACUCUUACUCCAUUUUGACUCCUGUGUCAGUGCAGCUAAAUAUUAUAGUAUUGCCAUACCGUGCAGAUGGGUCCUGGAAAGCUUUGCUGGGAGAAUUUGCUCUUCAUCUUCCUUCAGAGCAAAUUCUAACUGAUGAAUUCCCUGAAAGGAGCUUUAGUUUGAUGAGGGGAGACUCUGAUGAUCAGCUGCAGGUCUGCGUUCACGAAAGAAGUGAGGAAGAGUACAGUAAUGAAACAAAAGAAUACCUGGGUGCUUAUGAACAACGUAUUUUGGUGGAACCAACUUUAGGUGGUGAAAUAUUGGAAGGCUUGAGAUGGUUGCAAAAGAAAAAGAUAAUUGGACUUUAUCAAAGACCUGCAGAGGCUCACGCUGUAAAGGUUGGAAUUUACCUACUGGAAGCUGGGCUAAGUAAACCAGAGUUUCUCAGUGACGGAGGCGGAAGACCCAAAAAAGCUAAUCAGCUGAUUCAAAAACUCAUGGAAAAGUUUUAUAGCUUUUUAAUCCCAGAUGAGCUGGAGGAAGAUGAGGAAGAAUCUGACAUGGAACUAGAGCGACAGAAUAUUGAAGAGCUUUAUGACUUUGUAAGGCACACCCAUCAGCAGGAUAUCCAGUUGCUGAGAGAGGGUGUGCAGCAUCCUGCAUUAAUUCCUAUUCUGAGGCCAUACCAAAGUGAGGCUGUGAACUGGAUGCUUCACCGAGAGAACCUUGCAAGCACUCCAAGCAGUGAAAAUGCGCUGCACUUCUUGUGGCGGGAGGUCAUCACACUGGACGGAGUAAAAAUCUACUAUAAUCCAUUUACUGGCUGUAUUAUCCGUGAAUAUCCGAUUGCUGGACCCCAGUGGCCUGGAGGUAUUUUGGCAGAUGAGAUGGGUCUUGGAAAAACAGUAGAAGUGUUGGCUCUUAUUCUGACUCAUACCCGACCAGACAUUAAACAAGAUGAUCUGACAUUACCUGAGGGUAAGCUCGUGAACUUCUUUGUUCCACCACAACCUUUAGAAGGAAUUAAAAAGAAAAAAACAAAGGAAAUGGAGCUUAAAUUGAAGGAAAAAAUACAGUAUCCCAGCUUACGAGUGAUGAUAUUGGCAGCUGUAAAAGAAAUGAAUGUGAAGAAAGGAGCAUCCAUUAUUGCAAUCUUUAAGUACAUCAGUGCUAUAUAUAGGUAUGACAUACAGAGGAAUAGACGGCUUCUCAAAAGAACUCUAGAAAAACUAAUCGCAGAACAAGUAGUAGAGCAAGUCAAAGGACAUGGACUGGCUGGGUCUUUUAAGCUUGGAAAGAAUUACAAGGAACAGAAGAAGAGAGAAAGAACCAAAGAGCAGAUAGCAAGGACUUCAGUAAGUGUUCAGAAGCAGCAGUUGAUUGAUGCUAAAACUCAAACCAAAGAAUCAAGAAAUAGUGAUGUCACUUCUGAAAAUGUCCUUAAAACCCCUUUACGGGUGGAUAUCGCCAUGGAAGAACAUGAUUAUUGUACAACUAGCGAAAAUAACCAGAAAACUGAAGCAGAUCAUGAGAACUCUGUAAAAGAGGAUAAUGUUCAGCAGAAGGCUGUGGUCCCAAAGUCUCCUGAUUUGCAUGGCAGCCUCAUUGCCUCCAGUGAUGCGAGCAGUUGUCCUGAUGUUUCUAAAACUACAGCUGAUGUCCAGCAGGAAAUCCCAAAGGACCAGUCUUCACAUACCCAAGAACAUACUGGCAGUAGCGUACAACAUGCUAGUUCUGUAUUUCCAUUUAAUACUUCUGAAUAUCGUUUUGAAUGCAUCUGUGGUGAGCUUGGAUUGGCUGACUAUAAAGCUCGUGUGCAGUGCCUGAAAUGUUACUUAUGGCAGCAUGCAGAAUGUGUAAACUACAAAGAGGAAAACCUGAAGAUCAAGCCCUUUUACUGUCCCCAUUGCCUUGUGGCAAUGAAACCAGUUUCCACAGGAGCAACUCUGAUAAUUUCUCCGAGUUCUAUUUGUCAUCAGUGGGUAGAUGAGAUCAACAGGCAUGUACGAUCAUCUUCUCUUCGAGUUCUGGUGUAUCAAGGUGUGAAGAAGCAUGGCUUUUUGCAGCCACACAUGUUGGCAGAGCAGGAGGUGGUUAUCACCACGUACGAUGUCCUCCGCACUGAACUGAACUAUGUAGAUAUACCCCACAGUAACAGUGAAGAUGGGCGCCGUUUCAGGAACCAGAAGCGGUACAUGGCCAUCCCAAGCCCCUUAGUAGCAGUGGAGUGGUGGAGGAUCUGCCUUGAUGAAGCGCAAAUGGUUGAAUGCACUACUGCAAAGGCUGCUGAAAUGGCACUCCGUUUAAGUGGAAUCAAUCGCUGGUGUGUCAGUGGCACUCCCGUGCAGCGAGGAUUAGAAGAUCUGUAUGGAUUAGUCCUUUUUCUUGGAGUUGAUCCUUACUGGGUCAAACAUUGGUGGGACCAACUUUUAUAUCGACCUUAUUGUAGGAAAAAUCCCCGGCCUCUCUACAGUCUAAUUGCCAAGAUAAUGUGGAGAUCAGCAAAGAAGGAUGUGAUUGACCAAAUUCAAAUCCCACCUCAGACAGAGAAUGUACACUGGCUUCACUUUUCUCCUGUGGAGAGACACUUCUAUCAUCGCCAACAUGAGGUGUGCUGCCAGGAUGCAUUGGCAAAACUCAGGAAGAUUUCAGACUGGACUCUUAAGCUUAGUAGCCUAGAUAGAAGGACUGUGACUUCUAUUCUGUACCCUUUGCUGCGGCUGAGGCAGGCCUGCUGUCAUCCACAAGCUGUUCGGGGAGAGUUCUUGCCAUUACAGAAAAGCACCAUGACUAUGGAGGAACUGCUAACAUCUCUGCAGAAGAAAUGUCGAACAGAGUGUGAGGAAGCUCACCGACAGUUGGUGUGUGCUCUUAAUGGCUUAGCUGGUAUCCAUAUCAUUAAAGGAGAAUAUGCAUUGGCUGCAGAGCUGUACAGAGAAGUGUUACGAUCAUCUGAAGAGCACAAAGAAAAGCUCAAAACAGAUUCCUUGCAAAGACUUCAUUCUACACACAAUUUGAUGGAAUUGUUGGCAAAGCACCCUGGAAUUCCCCCAACUUUGCGUGAUAGCCGACUUGCAGAAGAGGCAGAACAACUUCGACAGCAUUAUAUGAGUAAAUCCAAUGCAGAAGUUGCAGAAGCCCAUCAGGCCUUACAGCCAGUUCUUCAGACCAUUCGGGAGCUCCAGAGAAAGAUACAUUCAGGUUCUCCUUGGUGGUUGGAUGUCAUCCAGACAGCAAUACAGUAUGCCAUCGAUGAGGAGCUUGUUCAACGUGUGCGAAACGAAAUAACCAGCAACUACAAACAGCAGAUUAAUAAACUCUCCAUGGCAGAGAAAUUCCGUGACUGCAGAGGCCUUCAAUACCUGCUCACAACCCAGCUGGAGGAAGUGAAGAAGUUCCAGAAGAUAGUAAGAGAAGCAGUGAAAAACUUAGAAGGCCCUCCCUCUAAGCAGGUUAUUGAGGCUGCCACUAUCUGCCAUUUGCGACCUGUUAGACUUCCACUUAACAACUGUGUCUUUUGUAAGGCUGAUGAGUUGUUCACAGAAUACGAGUCGAAGCUCUUUUCUCAUACUGUUAAAGGCCAAAUGGCAAUAUUUGAGGAGAUGAUAGAAGAUGAAGAAGGGCUUGUUGAUGACCGUUUGCCCACCACAAGUAGAGGACUGUGGGCGACCAGUGAAACUGAACGUGCCUUGAAAGCUAUUCUCUCCUUUGCCAAAGCUCACCGAAUGGAUCUUAAGCUCACCGAAGAAGGCAGCGUAUUUCUGGAACUCUUUGAAGCAUGGAAAAAGGAAUAUAAGUUACUUCAUGAAUAUUGGAUGGUACUGAGAGAUCAUGUGUCUGCUAUUGAUGAACUGGCAAUGGCUACAGAACGGCUAAGAGUGCGUCAUCCUGAUGAGCCAAAACCAAAUCCCCCAGUUCUCCACAUCAUAGAACCGCAUGAGGUAGAGCAAAAUCGAGUGAAACUUUUGAAUGACAAGGCAGUUGCCAAAUCACAACUUCAAAAGAAACUGGGACAACUUCUGUACCUCACUAAUCUGGAGAAAUCUCAGGAUAAAACUACUGGGGGAGUUAACCCAGAACCAUGUCCAAUCUGUGCACGUCAACUAGGAAAACAGUGGGCAGUCCUGACGUGUGGACAUUGUUUUUGUAAUGAGUGUGUAGCAAUCAUCAUAGAACAGUACAGCGUUGGCACCCGCCGGAGCUCAAUUAAAUGUGCCAUUUGCAGGCAGACAACAUCUCAUAAAGAAAUAUCGUAUGUCUUCACUGCAGAAACUGCAAAUCAGGAGGAUGAUAUUCCUGUAAAGGGAAGUCACUCCACCAAAGUGGAAGCUGUGGUCCGAACACUGAAGAGAAUUCAAUUUAAAGAUCCAGGCGCUAAAUCCUUAGUUUUCUCAACGUGGCAAGAUGUGUUGGACAUAAUUUCAAAAGCUUUGUAUGACAACAACAUGAUUUUUUCUCAGAUCAAUGGAAUUAACAAAUUUCAGGAAAAUCUCUCUGCAUUUAAAUACGAUCCAAACAUCAAUAUUUUGCUGCUGCCUCUUCACACUGGUUCCAAUGGACUAAACAUCAUUGAAGCAACACAUGUUCUGCUUGUGGAACCCAUUCUGAAUCCUGCGCAUGAGCUACAGGCUAUUGGCAGAGUACAUCGUAUUGGCCAAACAAAAUCUACCAUUGUUCAUAGGUUCCUGAUAAAAGCAACAAUAGAAGAGAGAAUGCAGACUAUGCUGAAAACUGUAGAUAGAAGCAAAUAUACCUAAAUGGGACAUAAGAUCUUCCAUAGCGUACUACCAUUCUCUUAAAUGCAUGCCACAUGCCACCUUCAUAAUGCUGCCUUCAAAUACCAGAGAGAUCGUCCUGUUUGUCUGGCCCGUACAGGAAGGGGACCAGCAGCAAGGAAAGGACAUACUUGUGUUUUUUCUCUUGUAGUUUUCUACAAAGUCUUCAGAAAGCAAUGUGGGACUUUGUGGAAAUGUUAUACUAUGCUAACUGCUGCCACCAUUGAUAGGUCUGGAAACCAGAUCUGAUGAAAAGACCUUCUAUGGUACAGCUCCUCUUACAAAGGUAGAAAUCUCAGGGCAUUUCACCACCAGCCAGAAAACGGAUGGAAGGAGUAUCUCCAAGUCCUGGUGAUCCACUCAUACCUGCUGCUGCUGUUGCAUGUGCUGUAGUGGAGCCAGAACCUACACUGGGUAGAACUGGAGAGGAUGGGGAGGAGGUUGGGGAAGAAUUUGAGGAAUUAGUGUAAAACCUUCCUCUGAGUGCCCUUCUGCUGAUUUUCCUGUGGGAGGACUGAGUCACUGCUAAAAGCAAUGAAUAAACAAAGGGUGAAAGACUCUCAGCGUAACCUAUUCACUGGAGCAUUAUGUGCUUUGCAACACAUUGUCUUCUGGUUUACUUGCUGCUUCUGUGCUGAUUUCUUUAACUUCAGCAGAUGAUGCUGACAUGGGAGAGAGUGAAGAAAAUACCGUCAGUGAUUAUUGAAAAAGGGUAUUUCCAUGGAGCACCUGUAGCAACCCAGGAACCCUGUCAGCCAGGUUCUUAACAUAUGCUGGUGUAAUUGUCAGCUUUAAAACUUAAUCUUAAACCCAAAUCCAUCAUAGCUAUGUAAUAAGAGAAGGCAGUUCUUCCUUGGUGUCAUACUGAUGUACAGUGGGACGUAGAAUAAUUUUAGAUAGUACCAAAAUAAAAUUUCUUUCAUAACCUCUGAAUUAGUUUUCUACUAUAACUUUGUUGCUUACAAAAAGAUAGCUAGAGCCUUUGUAAUUUUUUAAAUCUAAAUAGAUACAAAUCUUAAAAUAAAAUGGACAGUUGCCUUAGUGUCAGCUGUGCCAGUUCCUCAUUUAAUCAUGUUAUUAUUUUGUUACUAUAAUAAUGUUAAAUUUAAAAAUUAUUUGCAAAUUAAUCCUGAAAUAGGUCUUUGAAUUACAUUUAAAUUUGUAAUUUUUUUCAAAUAUCGUUUUAGUAAUCACUUUAUUGUAAAGUCUAUAGAUUACCCCCUUUUUGAAUAGAAAAUGUUUUCUUUUCUAUAGAUACAUAUUAAUAAAUACUUUGUCAGAUAUUUGCAAGCAAUUUGAUGUCCUAUAACUUAAUUAUAGAUUUCAGUGUGGAAACAGAGAAUAGUCAAAUUUUUCUAGUAAUAGAAUAGUGAAGCUAAUUCGCUUUUGCAGUGGCAAGUUAAUGACUUUUUAGAAAGCAAACCAUGGGAGAGAAAAGAGCAGUUUCCAAUCAUGUUCCAAAACUGAAAUUCCUAGAUGAUAAACCAAGAAAAGAGUAUUUUGAUUACCUGAUCUGUUUCUUUGCAUUAUAUAUAGAUGUUGUAAUUUCAAUGAAAUAAUUUAUGUAGAAAGUAGCAAAACUAUAUUUUUAUUUGAAAAUUACCGGGUAAAUGUACAACUUAACGUUCCCUUGGUCUCUGAGUAACUUAACGUUCCCACCAACAGCCUUUUUUUCGCAUUCACAGUUUGCUGUCAGAAUUACGUCAUACUGUCUCUUAAGGUUUGCAGCUAUUUCAAAGUCUUUGUGAACACAAAUUUUUGUCUUAUGUUAUCCUGCUUCUGAAAUAAUACUCAUUGUUGUAAUAGGCAUUAAAUAUCCUUCCUGUCUUUCUGGUUUGUGGAAUAAUAGCUGGUGCCUCUCCUGAGAGACAGUGCUUAAUAAGUCAUGUUCCUAAUUGUUUUUGUCGGUAUGUCACUGAAUUGUCUGACAGAUGUUAAUAGUAUCAAUUAAUAGGAAUGCUCUGCAUGUGUAAAUAAUUGUUAUUUAAAGCUACAAUUACAGUAUGUGUAGAA